AUGGCCGGUCGCUGCAGACAGCUGGGUCCCUGCAAACUCUCUCAAGCCCAGCAAGUGGGGAAGCAAAACCCGGGCGCAGGGAGGCAGGCGGCUCCCCCGCCAAAGGACGAAGACCCCAGGGUGAAGUGUAGGGACUGCGGAGCCUUUGGGCACAAAGCGAGGAGCCUCAGGUGCCCCAUGAAGCGCUGGCAUGGGGCCCUGGCCCCCCAGCCCUUGGGCUCCAAACUCGGCAAGGAGAACCUGGAACCACGGAAGCUGCAGGACCUGCAGACCCCCGGGACCCCUAACACGGCUGAGAGAGAGAAGGGUGAAAGGCGAAGGAAAGAAGAGCAGCAGAGGAAGCUACUCCAGAGGUUUCCCAGGAAACCCCAAGGGUGGCGGCAGCAGUGCUGGAAGGAGGGGACAGAAUCCUGCCACUACCUGGGGCAUCCAAACAUGCCCACGCUCAUCCAGGCAUCCAAGAGGAAACCCCUCCAGGAUCCAGAUCUCCCAAGUAGGUCACCUGUCAGGAAAGAUGACAGGAAAUGCACCCACCCUGCAGUGUCUCUCAUCAGCAGAAGUUUGGUCCAGGACUCCAAAAGCAGCAUCAAGGCCCCAGGCAAGAGAUCUGCCCAGAUCCCCAUCCAGACAUGUCUGAACCCCCCAAAGAAACCUAGACUCAGCCCCAUCCAGGCUCCCCAGAAGAGCACUCCGACAGCAGAUCUGGGGGCUUUCCAGAAUCUCCCUCCUCCACCCAGUACAACUGGACCCACAGGGACCCCCCAAGCCAGCAGGAAGACACCUGCCCAGGGGCAAAGCCUUGCCCUCAAACCUCCACUGGACAGACCUCACCCCGAUAGUGUCCAAGCCUGCACCAGACACCAUCCUCCACCCAUCAGCCAUGUUCCAGGCCAGCCUCUCAGGAUGCUCUUUGUGAGAGUAGACGAAGGCCGGUGGAGCAGCAGGUACGUGGCGCCUCCCUCCUUGCCUCGUCCUGAGCAGUCAGCCCCUCCUACCACUGGCAGCAAGCCUGAGGGACACUGGGCCCCUGGCCCCCGGAGUGUCCUCUACGAUGACCUUCAGGUGUCUUCUUCCUCGGAAGACAGCGACCGGGAAGGACACGCCAAUGGCAGCUAA